AUGAACGACAAAGGUGGAAGUACCUUUGACUUGUCUUUACUACAAACAGUAGCUUAUGUGAUAUAUUCAGUCUUAUCUCCAAUUGGUGGUAAAAUCGGUGAUAAGUUCAACCCCUACAUUGUGGUCCGAAUUUCUUUUGUCUUUUUCAUCAUAGGUGUUGCUGUUAUUCUUAUAUUCCCAAGCUCUAUCCCCGCGUUAUAUGUGUCCGUGUGUAUUUGGCCUUUUUGCACUGCUGUGUUUUGGCCGGUUGCAACAGGAACCAUUGGGUUAGAAUCGCCACUUGGCUAUGAAAAUAGAAACACUUCAUUAUUUCAAGUCUCGUGGUCUUUUGGAAAGUGCUUUGGAUUUUUAUUUGGUGGGAUGUUAAAAACUGCUCUAGGAAUGAAUUCACUGUAUGUGUGUAUAGUGCUAGUCGCACUUCUCUUUGUAGUGUACCCAUUUACCCACCCGAAGCGAAUUCGUGAGAAAAUGGCCAAAAACAAGAAACCAAAGAAAGACUUGGACAAGGAAAAGGUAUCAAUUGAUUUAUCACAGAAAAAUAGUACAAAAGAAGAGAAAGAACCCGGCGAUAUAGCUGUUGAAAUGGAACAUAUGGAGACUAAGAAAAACGGAGAUAUAGCUGACAUUGAUAUUGCAUUGGACCGUAAAGACAUUCCUGAGGGACUUAUUCAAAAUCCAACCGCAUCGUCGAUUACACCACCAAGUGGUGAUAUUAAAGAAGUCCAAAUUCCCGUUGAAGUGACUUCAGACACGGCUGAGAUGCACAAAAUGAAAUUCAAGUGGGGUGAUGCGGAGUUGAAGAACAAGACAUACAUCUACUUGGGAUACAUAUUGCAAUGUGGAGUGUAUGGUACGUCUGCGAUUGUGACGAGUUCGUAUGUGAAAUUAGCGCAAGACCUUGAAGUGGUGUCUCCGACUAAAACGAUAGACAUGUAUGUUGGGGUAGAAUUCUUCUUCUUUUAUUUGGCGCAAACAGUUUCAAUGGCAGCGAUGUCAAUAACACUCGCUUGGACAUACAAACGAAGUUUAUUCUUGAUAUUCCAGACGGGUUAUAUCUUGUUCUUGUUAGUGAUAGGAGUCAGUCGAAACGCUUAUUUAAAUUGGUUUAUGGCAUUUGUGGGUGGAUUGGCUGCAGGAUUUUCAUAUCAAACCUCAACAUAUUACUCGAUGUGCGCGAGUGAAAACAGCAAAUCGAUGUUUAUGGGUAUCUCCGAGUGUAUUUCAGGGUUUGGGAAUUGUAUCUUACCACUUACUAGUGGGUUGCUUUGCACAUAUCUCUAUAAUGAUUAUAUCAUGAUUUACGUCUCAGCAGCAACCGUCUUGGUCUGCAUCAUAUUACAGGAAAUCGUCUACCACGUCGCAUUCCCUAUCAACAAAAUGCGUCAAUCAAAACGAGCAAACCCAACGGAUGUCAAAAUCAGUUUGGACACAGUUGCAGUCGAACAACAGACAAACAGAGAGAAAAGUGACGAGAUCAAAAUUGUUCAACACACCUCAAGCUCAAACGAGGAAAUAAAACAAACACCAAUUUCUGUCGACUCUAAAGACAUUGUACCCCAAAAUUAA